GUGAAUAUAGGAAUUUCCUCAUAUCGAACUUAGAUCGGCCGUCGAGCACUGCUCGAAGUCACGAUGUCGAGGCGACCGCAGACCUGCGCAGACUGUGCGAGGAGGAAGAUAAAGUGCGAUAAGGUCAUCCCGUGCAAUAACUGUACCAAGAGGGGCGCCGCGCACCUCUGUCGAAGGGCCGAUGUGUCGCAGUCCAUCGCGAGAAACACGCCCGGUCUAUCGUCACCACCUGGCAUCUCUGGCUCGCCUGGUUUUCCGAACCCUUUGGUGUCUAGAAGGGCUGCUCCAGAGGUUGAGUCUCCCAUAAAUGAGAGAAUACUAGAGCUGGUGACCACUCUCUCAGAAAGGGUUCAACGUCUGGAAGCAGGACUGGAUCGCUUGGAACCGCGAAAGCGUCCGGCGACAAACGAAGCUGUGGAUAAUCAGGAAGGCUUCCAUUCAACUUCAUCAGUGAGACCGGUGAAACAAGCCAGAUUCACUGAGGGAUUUUCAGGCAUUCAAAGUGAUGAUGCUAUUCACCCGGAAAACGAUGGCAGCUCAGGGCAGAACUCAUCCGAUGCAGAGGCCGAAGAUGCGGCCACGGUACUUGAGUUUCUGGCCUGGGGACGAUUGAAGGACAGCAACCUUACAAGCGGUGUGAGAGACUCAGCUGGUACUCACGAUUCAAUCACAUACCCCGAUAAGGAUAUUAUUCAAACCACACAGGCAUGGGGCACUUCACCGUCUUCCGUGUCUGGAGGGCAUCUCAUUAUGGAACCCCUACAGAUAUCGCAAAUCCAGGAGAUGUUGCCUAGCCAAGCACAAGUUAUAAUGCUAUUUGAAUAUCAUGCUAAUUGGCUUUUGUUCAUGCAUUGCUCAUUUCACGUUCAAUCUUUCAGGCGAGAACUUGACCAGUUUUAUUCCAAUGACAAGGGGGUCAUCAGUGUGACUAGUGUUGGUCUACAAUGGACAGCCCUUCUCUUCGCUAUCAUAUGCGGAAGUAUGACUUGUGCAAAAUCAGCGGAAGUUGUCAGAUGGGGUUUCCACCAGGAUGACCAAGGUAUGCUGGCAAAGCAGUGGUACCAAUGCUCCAUCGAGUGUCUCAACAAUGCAAGGUAUCAGCAAAAUCACAGUUUGUACAGUGUGCAGACCAUUGCAAGCUCGACUAUUUGCGCCCAUAUACUCGGGUUCUCCAACUCACAGAGUGUUUUAUUAGCCUCUGCAGUCCGCAUAGCGCAGGCGCUUGGACUUCACAGGUUAACAAGAACCAAAAGAGGAUCCUAUGAGUCCGACGGCGAAAAUUCUUCGGAUGUGGUACAAAAGGAAUUAGGUCGAAGAAUCUGGCAUCAACUGGCAGUGCAAGACUGGUUCUCCGUGCCGUUUUCCGAAACAUACUGUGUUAAUCCGCUGCAUUUCACAACAAAAUUGCCUCUGAAUUGCGACGAAGACACGAUGGAACCGAUUCCUCUUUCUAAGCCGUCAGUCACGUCCUACGGAAAUUUCUUGUUCAAAAUCGCCGCUCUUAUGCCCGUUUUGCAAGAUCGAUCCUCGCAAGCCCCGACGCUCAAUGCGAAAUAUGAACAGGUCCUCCACUGUGAUAAGUUGAUGCGAGAACUGGUUUUGACUCAGUUGCCACCUUGCUUAAAUAGUCAAACCCCUCUUGAUCCUUCUUGGCCACCUUGGGUGUCGGUUGCUCGACGUUGCCUUACCAUUACCUCCGCCCAUAAAAUUAUCAUGAUUCAUCGGCGAUUUCUUGGAUUUAGUUUCCAUGAUAAAAGAUUUGAGUUUACUCGGAGAACGUGUCUGGCUGCCGCGAAAACUAUCAUCAAUGAAUUGGGAGAGCUAGAGGGACUUCCUGCUGAGGCGCCAACACUAUGGACCACGCAAGCAUUUAGCGUUGCUUCCGCUAUCAUACUGUCUUUGGAUAAUUUUAACCGCCAUCAGUCGGGUCGAGAAUAUGCAGAACACAGACAGCUAGUUCGUCAAACCAUCGAAGCUCUCUCAGAAAGUGUUUCAGUCAGCUCCAUUGCAUCUCGGGGGAUUCGCCUCCUCGAGGAAUUGCUAGCGGAGGAGCAGAAAGUACAUUCUCAACCACCAGAUACCAGCCAUCAGAAAGGGAAGCACAGGCAAAACGAUAAUAGCAACAUCUCAAAGUCGAACGAGAGAAGUCUCAACGUUGCCGCUUUUGUCAGGAAGUUUUGCCAGAGUGACCGUCCUCCACCUGGCAAUUCACCGAUAGCUUUAUCACACAUGCCUCUCUGGCUUCAGCAAGAGAACUCAUCCCAACCCCAUUCGGCACACCAGCAAAUGAACGAAGACCGUUAUAUAGCGAACCGAGAAAGUAGUCUUUACACCGAUUUUCAUCCGAACGCAGUCCAACCGUCCUAUGACAUGCUUGAUCCUGGAUACCAAAUGCCUUCAACCGGUCGCCGGCCGCCUGAAGGUUUUGCUCAUGUUUAUGGCCAAAAUAUUGGCGAACCUUUCGAUAUUCGGACCGUCACUUGGUUUGACGAUCUGUUGGGACUGGCACCUUCACAUUCGAUUUAAAAUUCCAUUGCUUCACAAUUUGUCUACACAACCAUAUGAAGAAAGUUUUGC